CUCGCCGGCGACGGGGCAGGCAGGCGGCUGGCGUCUGUGGCGCCGACAUGGCUGCGCUGGUGGAGCCGCUGGGGCUGGAGCGGGACGUGUCCCGGGCCGUGGAGCUCCUCGAGCGACUCCAGCGCAGCGGGGAGCUGCCCCCGCAGAAGCUGCAGGCCCUCCAGCGAGUCCUGCAGAGCCGCUUCUGCUCCGCCAUCCGUGAGGUGUAUGAGCAGCUCUAUGACACGCUGGACAUCACUGGCAGUGCUGAGAUACGCGCUCAUGCCACAGCCAAGGCCACGGUGGCUGCUUUCACAGCCAGUGAGGGCCAUGCACAUCCCAGAGUAGUGGAGCUGCCCAAGACAGAUGAGGGCCUGGGCUUCAACAUCAUGGGUGGCAAAGAGCAGAACUCGCCCAUCUACAUUUCCCGUGUCAUUCCUGGAGGAGUUGCCGAUCGCCAUGGAGGUCUGAAACGUGGGGACCAACUGCUGUCGGUGAAUGGUGUGAGUGUUGAGGGUGAGCAGCAUGAGAAGGCAGUGGAGUUACUGAAGGCGGCCCAGGGCUCGGUGAAGCUGGUGGUGCGUUACACACCUCGAGUGCUGGAAGAAAUGGAGGCCCGUUUUGAGAAGAUGCGCUCUGCACGCAGGCGCCAGCAGCACCAGAGCUACUCGUCCUUGGAAUCUCGAGGCUGAAAUCAGAGAUCUGGAUCUUCACCCUCACCCUCUCCCCCUGUACAGUAUUUAUUGUCACUGGCUCCUUAUUUAAAGAUGUUUGACCCUCA